CUCCACGGUGACGGUGUAUCGUGAUGAGGUGGUGCUGCUUGGCUAAGUAAGGAAGGUCUUCCCUCCCUCCGAUAUCUUAUCUUAGACGCCGCCGCUAUGGAGGGGUGAUGGAGGUGGAGGUCUAGAGAGAGAGAGAGGGAGAUACAGGUAGAGAAAGAGAGAGAGAGGAGGGAGGGAGAGGGAGAGAGACUCGGAGGUACCUGGCCCUACCGCUUUGCCUAGGUACCUACUGCCUGCUGCUACUGGCUGGCGGCUGAUGGCGGGGAGCACGUACCAGAUACCCACCUACCCGCACUGGACGGGAUGCAUCCAUACCGGACCUGACCUCACUAACACUGACACUGGACUCCUCCCCGUGCUCUCUCCUUCGACUCAUCAACACCAACAACACAACCCACGAACCACUAUAGCAGCUAUUCCCGUGAACACAUCAGUCACGUCACGUCCGUCACGACUUGCCACGCUUUUCUCUCUUUCUGUCCCUUUCCAUAGAUGUUUCGUUUGCCAUCCUAGUAAUCUGUCUCUCUUCCUCUCCGCCUUCGCUGUGCCUGGAAAGAAAGCCGCUCUUUCAACUCUCUUCUGUUCGCUCGUACACUUUCAACCACUGUCCAUCUCACCUACCUUGCUCUACGACACCUGCCAUAUCUCGUCGUCAUUCCGAGUUGCCGUCCAUAGCCGUCCAUUUACAAAGCAUUUGCACAGUACCUGCGGCACUUUUGUCAUCCCAAGUCAUCUGCCGCCUUGGGUCGACUCAGUACCAUCGAUCCCCUAAUAGACCGACAACUCUAUUCUUUGCAACCCCCCUUCCCGAAUACCUUCCAAACGACGAUACCGAGCCGCCGAUCGCCGCCAUACACGACUUCUUCUUCUCGUGCAACACCUCGGCCCUUCCAUAAACCAGGUAGAAGCUGCCUUGCGGAAACGCAGGUCCUUGGAGCAGGAGACUGCUCCAACUGCGGCGCAACACCACCUGAAUGCCGAGUAAGUUUGGCUGUCCCUUACCAAUCUCUACCCCA